AUGUUCUGUUCUAUUUUAGAGUGUUACCAUUACACGUUCCUUAACGAGUCAAGCAGAGCAAACUCCUUUUACAACAUCAGUAUUGACUUCCUUUGUGAUGAUGAUCUUAACGGAUGGUAUCGCUUUGGGGGAAAUGCUGGAAAGCAAAUGGCGGAUUCAUGUGUUCCGGACUUUCGAUGUGGCGCAGAACUGCCGGGUUGGCUGAAUGGCAGUCAUCCUGAAAUAGCUGAGGGUGCUGUCCGACGCAAAGUUUGUUUCCGUUACAAAAACAAUUGUUGUGAAUACUCAACAAGCAUCACAGUCCGUAACUGUGGAGGAUUCUACGUCUACCACGUUGGGAAGCCCCCAAUUUGUAACUUUCGUUACUGCGGCAACGGAACACACAAACCAAGUGAGAAUUUAAUUUUCCCGUAUAACCUGCGUUGUCAGUUAUUCCCAACCUCCUCUUCCCUCAGCCACCAACCCUUCCCCCUUCGCAAUUUGUGACACCGGAACCUCGGAUCCUGCAUGGAAGAUUUGUUCCCCGGGCCUUCCUCGUCUCUUUUUACGCCUCAAACACGAUAAUACAUUUUCGCUUUUUCGUAUAUCAAAUACAGUACACAAUGUUUCAUCGUACAUUACCGAGGAAAUCAUUAAAAAUAUCCAAAGCGUAGCCGAGUGUGACAGAUUUUUUUCCCGACUCUUCAAAUACAACGAACUCGAAAACCGUUCCAGAUAGAAGACUCUCACUACCACUGAUGCCUCAUACUAUCAUUACAAACAGCCAGAUAGUGACUACCAUUACACUCAAACUACUCACUCUUAGUCUCGCAGUUGUGGGCCAAAUGCCCCCCACGCUGUAAGCCAUAAAGUUUCAAUUUUUCGUGUGCGACACAUGAAUAUGGCGCUUGAGGACCUACACUUAGCCGGGUGGGUCCUGUUGUCGUAGCUAAGGACUUUAAUUUUGUUGCUUUUAUUACUCUUCGGCACUUUUCCUCGACUUCCUUUCUUAUUUCAAGCACCUUGCCUUUACUUUAAGGGUUUAGAAUAUUAUGAAAUUGCGUUUCUAUCUUAUAAGGAUUCUCGUAUCAGAUUGGAAAAGUAGACGUUUCGAAGACAAGGCAGGAAUGGAGUCGUAACAGCAGCAAAUGUGAAGUGCCGACUCACUGUACAUCGCCACGUUGCACAGAUGUGACUUUUCAUCGGGAAUUCGGUGGAUCACGGACUGUAAGUAUUUAUGACUGCAUACCAAGAUGUGCUUCCGCACUUUUAAAAUGGACUAAGCUAUAAGCUUAAACUUUACGUCAUCGUUAAAUUCAUGAACAAGGCUUUCCCGGGGAAUUUUAAAUGAGUCAAGGAACUAAUAUGUAUUCUAACCCUUCAUCAACAAAGAGUCAAGAAUCGAAAAAAAUAAUGAUAAUAAUUCGCCGUCUUUUGGGUAAUGUUACCAGACAGUUUCGUGUUGGAGUUAAUCUCAGAAUAUCGAUUUCUCAGUUGAAAUGACUUCAAGUUAGACCAUACAAGCACUCGGUGUUUUCUUGAAAAUAAUAUUGUAAAGGAGACAAAAAAAAAAACGUUACAACGGUCGAUCAAAACGACUAAAACAAGGAGAACAACUGAAAGGGAACAAGUACUUCGAUGGACUGACAGUGACAUAUCAACGGCACUGGUGCGCUUUAUCUGUUUUUACUUAUACGUAUUUCUAACCGAUGCAUUUCAGGUCCACGUUUUUGUGUCACUGAGUCAUGAAGAAAACUCGUCGAUGGCUCACACACCCUCGGCUCUGUGGGCAGAAUCCAUCAAUACAGUUGGAUUUAAACUAUGUUCGCGCACGGCGGGUAAUAAAAACGACACGGGAAUGAUCAACUGGUUAGCGUUCGAAGACCAGCCAAGCACAGACAUAACGCAUGGAAGCGUUGCUCUUGGUGGAAUAUGGACAACAGAAACCAAGUGUGAAAAAGUGGCCUUUUCUCAGGUUAGAUCAUGAAAUUAGUUAACAAUCUGUUGAAAAUAAAGUACAAAAAUGCUGCUUGUAAGAACACUUUUUAGCAGGAAUGACAUUGUUCUUUCUGUGAUUUCUCAAGGUUUUUUGGUAUGUAACACAUUAACGUCAAUCAGUGGCGGGCGGAGGAUUUUGUGAUAGAGGGGACCUAUACCACUGUAUACAGUGGUAAUAUGAGCGCGAUAGCGCCCAUCAGAACUGCCAACGGCGCACUUUUCUAGGGAGUUUCGGGCGCAUGGUCCUCCGCGAAAAUUUUUGAGAUUGAAGUUCUCUGAGAUGCAAUCUAUUGCAUUCUGGACGCUUAAAUUUUAUGAUUCUAGCAGGGGCCGACGCGAUUGCGGCGGGAGCGCAACCUCCCAGCAAAGGCAGCAAUAUUGUCUCCCUGAAAAACUGUCAAAUCCAGUUUGUUUCAGAAGGAUAUUUACUGCAUGCAUUCCGGGAGCUUUGGUCAUUUGCGACCAAAAAUGUAGGCUUCGAACACAGAUUCAAAGAAGAUUUAUAGUAAAAAAUUCAACAAAGGAAAUGCAUCCCAAGGUCAUGACUCUAAGACCAAUCAUAAGUAAAUUCAUUGCAACGGAUUGAUAAAUGUGAUCCUUCUCUUGUUGCCCUUGGCAUAGUCGUCAAUAAUUGCAUCAUAAUCCAGAGCAACGUCCUUGUGAAUAAAGAGCAGCGACAGUGCGUUAAGGCGGUGUUCUCGCAUGGUGCUUCUAAAACAACUCUUUACAAAGCGCAGUGAUGAGUUGCUACGUUCCACAGUUGCACUUGUGACAGGGCCGAUCAUUAGGAGCCGCAAAAUUGUGUGGAGUUUGGAGUAUAGGCCUUUGUUGCAGGCUGCCAAUUCUUCUUGUAAAAUGGAGGCUUUUUGGGUUCUAUUGAUCCUGAAAAUGAAAGCAGCCACUUACAUAUAUCGCAAGACAGAAAUGGUUUCCUUCGCGUAUCACUGAAAAAACGUUUCAUAACCAUGUACAUGAGUACAUAUAAACUUAGUGAAACUGUGCUGUAUUCUUAGUAAAUUUGAAAUAAAAUUACCAUACCAAAAGCGCUUCCACAGCUCUGGCUCCUGAGACGCACUGCUUGGCAGUGGAAGAUCGGGCAAAUAGUGACGAAUAACUUUCUUUUGAGAAGACUUUUAAAGCUUCUGCAAGUUGGCAGGUAUAAGUAGCAUCUUUCGGUUUGUCGGUUUGAAGCUAGUUUAGAAGGGCGGUUGAUUCGAACAACAUUCGAUACAUUUUCUUCAGUAUUAACAAUGUUUACUUAAGAAAAUAUAGUUAAGUAACAAAGCUCGACGUACUAUCCGACACACGUUUACAAAAGAAAAAAAUUCCCGCACAAAAGGGGGGCCUGGGCCUCCUGGGCCCACCCCUUAAUCCGCCCUUGUUAACGUUGUCAAAACCAAGGCCUCUGUCCCGGAUUAACAGAUGGAUCAAAUUUCAGUCAAUCUACGUCCAUUUCAUUGUCCAUAGGCUCAUCUGACCUCGUAUUUUGUCUUCCAGAGCUUUGCCUCUAAGCCGUACGUGUUUGUUUCCGCAAAGUACGGCCGCAGUACAAAGCCAACUGAUGCUGUUUAUGUAUGGUUGGAGAAUGUAAAUUCUGGAGGUUUCGAAGUUUGCAUCAGGGAAUUCUUGCCUUUUGAUGGAAAACACAGAGAUACAAUUGUGGUACGUGGGAAAUAACGAUAAAGUAUACACGCAACAUAGAUAUAUGUUUUUUUUUUCGGGAAUCCAUCGUCAUUUCACCAGCUGUGAUCUAGGACAAGGAAUAGGUAGUGUCUGGCGUCCCAUUAGGCUCCAUAUAAGGUCCUUUUAUAUUUAAAUUGUACUUAGCAGAUCUCCAGGACCACAUACUAUGCCAGUGUUUAAGAGGUUAUCUUUUUGAGGUUAAUGCGUUUUUAGAAUUUCUGCAAAAACCGGAAAGGGAAAAUUAACAACCUCUCUUGAUAUGAGGCAUGAGCUAACUAGUACUUCGCAGGCUAUCAACUAAAACGGUACAAUGAUGAUGAAUUCUCCAACUUAAUUUAGAUCAUUAUACGUUUCUGGGAAACGGCCCACCUACCCCUCCCCUAAGCCAACAUUAGCACUUACUUCUCACUUGGGGCAAAUCCAUCAAAUGAUCUCUUGGAUCAUUAUACGUUUCUGGGAAACUGCCCACCUACCCCUCCCCUAAGCCAACAUUAGCACUUACUUCUCACUUGGGGCAAAUCCAUCAAAUGGUCCCUUGGAUCAUUAUAAGUUUCUGGGAAACUGCCCACCUACCCCUCCCCUAAGCCAACAUUAACAUUUACGUUUCUGGGAAACUGCCCACCUACCCCUCUCCUAAGCCAAAAUUAGCACUUACUUCUCUCUCGCAAUCCAUCAAAUGAUCCCUUGGAUCAUUUACGUUUCUGGGAAACUGCCCACCUACCCCUCCCCUAAGCCAACAAUAGCACUUACUUCUCACUUAGGGCAAAUCCAUCAAAUGAUCCCUUGGACCAUAAUACGUUUCUGGUUUUCUUUCACCGACAGGACUGGUUCGCAUUCCUCAGGCUUGACAACGUGACUGUCGGAGAAAGGUUCUUUCCAAAUGACGGAUACCCGUCAGCUCAGGACAACUAUGGCUUCUGCCAGGUGAGUGGUAGCUGUCAAUUAGCUGUCAAGGUACCAAAGACCAAAAUACUAGAGUGUUUUGUUUGUGCUUUACUACGUUCAUCGAUGAGAACAACGAUCCUUUAUCCUGAGCCAUAGUCGAAACUAACUCUGGUUACGUCCGUCUGCGAAACAGCGAGGAAAUCCUUGGUAUGGGCCCCCACCCGUUUACCAGUAUUUGAGUACGCGCCAUAAUUGGUUUGUUUAAAAUGCCAUUGUCGAUUUGACAGUCAGGUUAAUGGGAAAUACAAAACGUAUUUCAGAACAAGGAUAUCCCAGGAAGGAAAGGAAACCCCGGAAAGGAAUCCGCAGAACAAGGAUAUCGGCACGCUUCACAGACGUUACUAAUACUGAGGUUAAAUUAAGUUUGCUACGCAGGCUACGAUUCUUAAUCGUGUUGAAUUCCUUCUUUCUUACAGGACGUUUCUUUCAAUAAAACAUUCCACGAGUCACCAGUUGUCCUUGUUUCUGUCAAUCACCGAUACGACCGCCAGGCGAAGGGCCGGUUUCUCCCGGAAAAUAACAUAAUCUCGACCUGGGUGGAGGUAGGUUUGUGUUUCGUUCUCUAUACUCACGUCAUUAGACAUUCCCAAAUAGGAAAACUUUUAAAUUUUAAACCACGGUUACACUUUGGUGUGUUCAUUUCCUGCCGUUCUCUUUUUCUUUAUUCUUAACCUGUCGCCAGGUUUUUAUUAUCAUUAUAUUUUUUAUUACAGCAACUGUAAAAUAAAAACAUAACAUAUAAUAACGGAAAGGAAACGUUUCUUUUCGUUUCUUACUGCUGUUCUCGCUAUUAGCAUGAAAACGAUUCUCACCAGCAUAAUCUGCUAAAAUGAAAACGCACUUCUUUUGUAUUAUAAUAACUUGCUUGUACUUGUCUCUCUUUGCAGAACGUUGGCUUGCAAUCUAUGAGGAUAUGUGUUAAAGACCUCAGUGGAUCAGGUCCUAUCCAUGACCCACUUACUGUAGCCUAUGCUGUUGUUGGAGGUACGUUUUUGACUUAGGCCCUUUAAGAAAGCUCUGAAACUGAACUCUACUAAAAUAUCCACCUUUUUUUUUCAACAUAGACAUAGAUCCUUGUCUUAACGUGCAAUGCCCUCGAUUUGGAGUCUGCAAAGCAUAUAAUGCUUAUGGCGGUCGCUGUGAAUGUAAUGAUCAAUGUCCAUCGUAUCAAGAUCCAGUGUGCAGUGCGAGCGGUACGACAUACGACAAUCAAUGCUGGCAGAAGCUCGGCUACUGCAAAAGGCUUGAGAGCGACCCCCGUAUCUACCAUCCGGGAAACUGUGAAGGUAAGCAAGAUCGUAAACUGCCGCUUCUAAGCCGUUAUAGGUCCCCCUGGUUAUAAGCGCCCCCGAUUUUUUAUUAACGUUUUAAAUCUGAAAUAAAGUUUAACUUGAAUUUGUGAAAGUGGCAGAUUUUGAACAGUUGCUUCCCAUUAUAUAAAGCACGCAGAAUUAUGGUAAAAAUGCGAUAAUUAGUCUCCAGGAAUACCUUAAUAACCAGUAAAUGUAAAACUUACUUUGGUCAGUUACUGCUAGAAAUGUUCAAAAGAAUCUCCGAAGUGCUUUUUCUACUCUAGUUAUAAACCCUGGUGGGUAUAGGCCCCUCCGCUUAUUUAUAACAGAGUCCUCCUAAAACCCCAUACGAAGAUGUAUAAGGCCCUGCUUGCGACAGUUCCCGCUAUGCUGCAAUAAAAUAACUUGGAGUAACACCAAGCUGAUAUUUGGUGAAAUACGAACAAAGUGAGACGGAUUGACAUCUCUCGUGGCUUUGCAGAUGUAGCGAAAUUUUCAAACACCAAAUUUGAAGUGGCUCUGCUCAACAAAGUCACGUUAUUACGCAUCCUCGUUGUUGUCAGCACUGUUGCUUUAUGUGAAAGGACUGGAUACAAUAAGGGCUCUAGCAAAUAAAUUCAUGGGCGACAGACUGUAAAUAUAAGUUGCUCCUGUCAAUAUCUAAAUGGAGGAACUAAUCAUCAGUAUAAUGCCUAAAAUGCGAUUAAUUGAACAAUUAGUUUUUACUUUAUUAAAUCCUUUGGGAGUGGCCAUGGCCACCCACAAAAAGAGCAGCACAUGUACUGAUCACAGGACAUUUUUGUAGUAGUCAUUAACAACACAAAACAAAAAGGAAAUUCGUAACAUUACAACUGAACUCGACGAAAUUUGGUAAAAACUUCAGCUGAACCGCAACUGAACAAGAAACGCAAACGCACUAGAAAAAAUUCCAAAAAAAAAAAUACGGCAUAAGCAAACUUCGGCGCGCGUCGGUAUCCAACUGAGCGGAAGAGCAGCGCAUAUGAAUAAGAGGCAUUGAAAUCAUGAGAUUAUUCACAUGAACCAAAUAGUGUUUUAAGUUGAUAUUUUUUUGUUGAACAGUUUUUCCUAUUGUGCGGGGCCGAGAAGACCUUCUCCGUGUUCCAAAAUGGCUCGAUUUAAGUUGUCAGACCGUUACAUUUCCAGCAUACCGGUUCUACCCGGAUAAACAGGUUCAUGUCCAAAUAACUGUCAAUCACAUCAAAUUGAAUGACUCUGUUGAAGUCCACGACGCGGUGACUGCAUGGACAGAAAACAUCAGCGUAAACAACUUUACAGUUUGUGCCUUGCAAGCAGGAAGGAAAAAAGAUAAAUUUACCCCUUUUGCCAGCAUUGAUUGCUGCCUAUCAAGGGGAGCCUCCUGAAGCACUCACGGGAACCGUUAAUUUGCCCAAAUGGUGGAGUGGUACAAACUGCGAGAAGGUGACGUUUCCCAAGGUACGAUGGGAACAUUUUAAAUGUUUCACGAACCGUUUUUUUUGUAUGCAGAAGUGACGAAUUAUUAUCAUGACGAUGAAGGGAAUUUUGCAUGGGCUUAAUUGGUGUCUGCUACAUGAAACAAAAGCACCAAACAAACGAAAAUUAUCAUCGUGAAAUGAUACGCAAAGUUAAACGUAAUUUAUAGUUGAUAUCGGCAUAUUACCUAAAACCUGGUGCCGGACCGCAACAUGCGCAGUGCUGUAGGGAAUUACAUCUUCGCGCGGUUUUCAUUUCAGUAAUCCUAAACCAUCUAUAUAUGACUGUUUCAUCCGCGCAUUUUUUAAAACCUUGUAAGGCUCCGUCGAGUGAACACUACGACGGAUUUAUUUAUCUUACAGCCUUUCGUCCACACUAAACAAGAUGAAUUGUCCACCCAAAACAGCACUUUUCGGAAACGCUUUUCAUGGAUCUCUGAAAACUCACUGUAUUCAUUUUGCCAAAAAAGAUGCGUUUUGAAAUUUAUUCGGACUAGUGUGGAAGGAAAACCUUUUACAAUGCUUUUUCCAAUUUCUCCAUUUUCCAUUUUUUUCUGAUUAAUGUGGACAGUGCACGUAAAAUACCCUCCUUAACUCAAUCUUUUUCAAAUUCUUUUUGUUGUUGAACAUUCCAGUUUUGACAAAUUUACUCGCUUUUUCAUCAGGGAAGUUUCAUUGAGGCCCCAGUAGUCCUUGUGACUUCAGAGCACCUGAAAACAGGUCAAGACUAUGAUGCCGCUCUCAUCUGGACCGAAGACGUAACACGUAGUUCAUUUCAAGUUUGUCUGCGGGAACUGCAAAACUUUGAUGGUAAACACGAGGAUAUUAGUGUGGUAUGUGUCAGAAGUAAAACUAGAGGCAUAUUUAUUGCUCUUAAACGGAAAGAGAGACCUGGAUAAUCAUUUCUUUCAUGAAAAGUUGUCGCUAAGCAAGAUUCUUUGGGCAACAUAAUAGCCGGCAUAAUAGCCCAAGUCGUCUCAGAGUCGCCUCCAAACAAUUAGGGCGAUCGCAAUUACCUGGAUACGACUGAAGGUUUAAAUAGUCGUUCAGAACGUUGGGAUCCGGUCCAAGUCGUUCCAGAACAUUGAUUUAGGCUACGAAGACGAUCUGGACGAGUGUAUGGAAACCAAGCCUUUAUUUAAUCGUACAAUCUUUCGCAUUUACCAACUUGUGCCAAUUCAAUUCAAUUCAUUUCCUCACAACUUAUUUGCUAAUCUUAAAAAAUUAUAUUCCUUUAUAGGUAUAUACGUUCAUUUUAUUUGGUUAAUGUUAAGGUUUGAGUAUGGUGGCCAAAUUAACCAUUCAGUUUUCUGAUUGGCCCCCGUAUUGCAAAAAUACGUUUCUUUUAAUUCAGGCGGAAAAGAGACGCAAACGAGACGCUGUGGGACCGUAUAUUUGGGCGUCGAUGAACUAAGCGUGUGUGAAGGUUUUUUGUGUAUUGGGAUGUGUUUUUGUGUAUUGGGAUGUGUUGGUUGAGAUAUUUGAUGUGGAAGGCGUGGAGUUAUAUUGGACGUGGAUUGGUAAGAUAAUGACUGUAGUGUAUCAGUGAAACUGGUUUCUCGUAGAAUUUAAUAUGAAGUAACAAAAACUAAUUUUUUUGGAAGGUAAAAGUGAUUUUAGGUGUUGCUGUGAGGUAGUUGUGGGUGUGCUAAUUUCGUUACGAAGGAUAGUGUAGUUUCAGUCGGCUUAAAUGAAGUGGUGGUUUUGAAAGAUCCUUUCAACAGUCGAAAACAUACUUGUACUUAUUUUAAACGUUGUUCGGCUUUCUGUUUAGGACUCUUUUUCGGUUAUUUUUUAUAAUAUUUGUAUGGAGAGAACGUGGAUAAGGGAAAGUUCAUUUAAUAUAGAGAAGUGGGUAUAAAGAUGUUAGGAGGGGGGCUGAAAUUUUGUGUGUGUCUUUUUUUUUGCGCGAGGGCAAUUAUUUUCUAAAGGGAAAAUCUAAAUUAUUUAAUAGUUUCACUGAACCUUGUUUUUUCAAUACGUUUGAUUUCUAUUGCGGAUUUGUUUGCUGUGCCUCAUCUGUGCGAUGCAUAUAAAUGUAACGAGGAUAAAUGCUGUGUCUUGACAAAUCGCUUGGAAGACAUUCUACUCGCGUCGCUUGGCUUGUUUACUUGGCUUGUUUACGUUCGCACGUAUUGCGUGCCUAUUACAACUUUGAAUCAAAACAAGCGAUUUCGAUUACUCUAUUUGGGUGACGCCCAAAAAAAAGCCAUUUUUCAACAGAUGAAUGUCUUCUUUUGCCUAUUGUUUAAAAAAUGUAUAAUAAAACAAUUAUUGAAUUCGGUUUUCGCAUGAUAUCAUGAGUUAUCAAAACCUCGUGUCUGUAUUAUCUGCCUCAGCCUUAGGCUUCGGAAGAUAACACAGACCUCGGUUUUGAUAAUUCAUGAUAUCAUGCUCAACCUCAUCCAAUAAUUGUACAAAAAAUGGCUUUAUUUCAAAACUAAGGUGAAAGUGACACUGAUAAGCUUAACCAAGAUCAUUUCAAAAUUUUAAAAUACAAUAAUAAAACCUUUGUCUGAAUAAAGUAUACAUUAAAAUAGAAAAACCCUUAACGAAAAAUCUUUAAUAUAUAGAUUUAGCCAGGGCUAAAAGCGAGGCUCCCAUUAAUAAAUUUAUAAUUUAAAUUAAACAAUAAACUUGUAUUCGAAUUCCACAGUUCAGUUAACUUUAGAGCACAUUUAUGUGACUUUUGAGGGAAAGGCUACCUGAUUUUAGAGAAAAAUAAUUUGUAAACAGCCCAAGAGUGAACCAAAUCUUACAUUGAGUUGAUAGCUUCAUAUGUACACUUAAAAACUGGUAAUCAUCUUCGAUCACAUUUAAGAGCCAUAAUGGCUCUUGAUCACCGUAGAUUAAUUAGUGGAAAAAAAAAUCAGGCCAACUUUUUUGCGUUCGACAAGUUUACUUUGCAAAAUCUUGUCAACAAAUCUGGGUGCGUGUAAACCAAGUCCUUUUAUACCAUUUAUACAUCACAUCUGAGGUGAAACGGUAGUAUGAGGCACUGUUUUUAUCAUACCGGCAGACCUCGGACAGAAAGCAGUAUUUCACAAUACAAAUUGCACUCAUUCAAUAUUCAUAAACUGUUAAAAAAAUUUCCAAAAUCACCUAUACGGCCAUCCGGUUCUCACUUUUGUAGUGUGAGCUGUGGCGAGUGUUUGAAUAAACAUUAACAGAGUUACGCGCGGCAUUUUGAGUUAAAUAACUCCUGCAAGCGAUGUUCACUGAACGACUGAAAACAAUCGGCACAGCGAUUAAAAUUACAAGAGAGACUACUAACAAUCAAUAAAAGAAAUAUAAUUCGGUGAAACAUAUACAGAGACAACAAUUUUCAUUCAGGAAGACAAGUAUUAAAGUGUCCCUAAAAAUCCUGAGUCUUCAAGCUUCAAGCUUAAGUUUAUGUUUUAAGCCGGCUUCCCGGUGUUUGCUUUUUUCAAAGACGAACUCGAGGCAAGAAAAUCGCUCAAAGCUUUCUUUUCCGGCCAGAAUUAUAACUAAAUAUUCUUUGGAACGUUUUCUUUCUAUUUGCGGUGAGAAACUGUCUAAAGGCUUUUUAAAGUUCUGUAAGCUUAUAUCAAACCUGAUACUCGGUCAGAUCAUUGUCUCAAAUCUUACAAACGUGCAUAAACUAAAUGCCCGCAUAAACUACGCUCGACUUCAUUAAAUUAGAUACAAAAAACAAACAUCAAAUACAAUAAUUUCUCUGGCUUACCAUUCGAGAUGCAGCUCCUGAUUGGUAUCAAGAAAAGCCAGUAUCGCUUCAGACUUUGCAAUCCUCUUACGCAUCAAGCAAGAUGAAAACGAAAACGAUGCCAUCCGAAAUCGGAUUUCCGACUUUGACAAGCGACGUAUUCCUGAACCAAAAACCCAAUAAACAAACUAGCCAUGAAUAACAGAAGACUCCUGAUAGCAGCUGAAUUUCAUUUUGCACAUCCAGUGGAAAAAGACAGUUAAAAACAUCACAAGUUGACACAAAACUCUGUCAGCUUCAGCUGUCAAAGUAAACAAGAUUCAAGAUGCUGCAUAAAUUUUCCGCAUGAACUCACCUGUCAAAUUUUGACCAAUCAGAGCAUAAAAAUUGGACGUAGAGCGUGACCAACGCGUGACCAUGGUGAGAAAAGUCAAAACCAAUUGUCUUCCCUGCCUGUAACAGCUGGCUGAAUUUUCGCGUCCGAGGUCAGUUUGCAAUCAAAAUUUUAAUUGUAUAGCACAUAAGCACAACAUAAUAAUUUCAUAUGAAUUUAGAAAAAAAAUGAACUUGAGCCUGCGAUCACUUUAAAACUAGUAACUUGUCAGCGGAUAGCUUCAAAAAAAUACUUGACCUCGAUGGGUCGACACCUGAGCCCGCGAUACGGUCAAGUGAUACUGGUCAGCGGGUACCCUGUUUUGACAGCUGUCAAUUGAUCAAAAUAUUGAUGUCAAACAUGUGUGCAUUAUCAGUUUAACUAGUUAGAGAUUGAACAUUGUUCGCGAUCUAGUAAAACAAUUAACUGGUCAGCGGACAGCUUCCAAAUAAAUCACGUCACCUCGAUGAGUUGACACAUGAGCCCACGAUAUACUCAUGGGAUACUGGUCAGUGGCAAUCCUGUUUUGACAGCUGUCAAUUGACCAUAUUGUGAAUGUCCUAUACUAAAAUCCUAUAUUAAAGAUGUGGACUUGCCAACACACCCCUGACACACCCCUCCCUUCCUCUUGAUAGUCUUCCCUACCCCACCCGUACAAUCUGUAGACGCGUACGUACGUAUGUACGUACGUACGUACGUACGUACGUACGCUCGGUCAGUCACGUGACAACCAAACGAAAAGAGGUUGACCAUAUUCCAUGAGUAUGGGGCUCUGUCCCACGCGCGCUUCGCGCGCGCGGGAGCCCCGCUAUAAACAUUAAUUGAAAGUCUCUGUUUCUGAGGAGAACACUCCAAGGGGCUUGGUAACCAGGCAGACGUUAAACUUGACAUGAUAAAUGCAAUAUCUGCAGCAGAUAUUGCAUUUAUCAUGUCAAGUUCACAAGCUAUUGUGAAUUGAUUGAAUGUUCUCGACUAAUCAGAUUUUUCAUAGUGAGUCUGAUGUAUAAUAAGCUAACAAGACUGAAUUACGAUGACAAUACCAUUGCAGAGUCAAUGUAGCUUACAACCACUAAUUUCAAUGAAUUCUUGUUGGCAGAACUGGUUUGCGUUCUCUAAACUGCUGAAAAAACCGUUGUCUAUAGAGCACGGCGGCAUAGAUUUUCCAGGCACCAAAAACUCUAGCCCACCACCGUUGGAUGAAAAUAAUAAUGCAUACUGCAAGGUAAGAAUAGACUAGAAAUUAAUACGUAUCACAUUUAUUAUACGAUUGGUUGUCAAACGUUACUCACAGUUUUGUGGAACUUUAGCCAAGGAAUGGUGAAACGUUUUAACUAAAUGUUUUUGGGUAUUUCUUGUUUUUCAGUUCGUGUUAUUCACAAGAAGUCAUAGCUCGACUCCAACAGUGCUCAUCGCUGCUAAUCACAACACAAACGUAUCCGGGAACUCAGCACCAGUUCAUAACGGUAUUUCCACGUGGAUUGAGGUAAAAAUCGCCCUAGUUUGAUACUAUUUCAGGUCAGUUGCAAGGGUAACGGAGCUUUCCGCAGAUCAUAAAAGAAAACUUCUAUUAGCGCUGUGAAUAGAUGCGUUGACAAUCAAAGAAAUUGGAUGUUCAAGGAAGGAUUAAUUGCACCUGUCAUACAAACGCCAGUUUUUUUAUUUCGAACAAUGCCGCUUGACGUCUGCGUAUCUAUGUUUUGUUUUGUUCUGUUUUCAGAACAUGAAUGCCUCUGGAUUCAGACUCUGUGUCAAAGAGUUGUUUGGAACCAGAUAUGAUCCCUUGUCAGUGAGUUAUGCAGUGCUUAAAGGUUAGAAAAUACUGAACAUUUGUCCUAAACGUAUUUGUUAUUUCAAAUAAACAUCCAAAAAGACAUAUUUUGGUAGGCUCUGUGCACAUGUGCACGUUUAAUCUCCCGUUUUCACGUUAACAAACACAUUCAAGCGGAUUUUAUGCUAGUUGCCGUAAAAUUCCUAACAUAAAAAGGCCCCGAAUAUAAGCCCGCAAACUUGAGUCCCCAAAAGGCCUUUUAUAAGCCCCCCCCCCCCCCCCCCCCGUAUACUUGCCCCUGGAGAGGGUGGAGGGGGGGGGGGGGUGUUUACUUGGGAAUCACUCUCACAAACGGAAAAUCGUUCCAUAUCGGAAUCCCAAAAGACAAACUCGGACAUGAAUCUUCACAUUUCAGAUUUCCAUGAGUAAAUUUUGAACUACUGUGUCGUUUCAGGGUGAUUCAUGGGAUCGGAAUGAAGGUGUUCUCAAACAAUUACACAGACGCAGUUAAUCGAUAAACCGAUAUUAAUCGAUAAACCGAUAUUAAUCGAUAGUAAUCGAUAUCAGUCAUCGAUGAAUAUCGAUUUUUGAUAUCGAUUGAUAGAACUCGAUAAAGAAAAACGUUGCGACUUCGAUUAAUAUCAAUGAUUUUCCGAUAGAAAUCGAUAAUUAUAUUUUAAUCGAUUUUGUUAAUCGAUAAUAAUCGAUAAAUUUUUUUCCCUGUCACUUUGAUUUCUAUCGAUUUCCGAUAUCAAUCGGCGGAUUAACAUCGAUGAUAUCGAUUGAUUUUCGACAUUAAUUUUUAUCGGGGGAGCGGGGAUGGCGCAGUGGUGAGAGCACUCGCCUUCCACCAAUGUGGCCCGGGUUCGAUUCCCGGACUCGACGUCAUAUGUGGGUUGAGUUUGUUGUCGGUUCUCUUCUCUGCUCCGAGAGGUUUUUCUCCGGGUACUCCGGUUUUCCCCUCUCCGCAAAAACCAACAUUUCUAAAUUCCAAUCCGGAAUGCUCGAGCGUUUAAUACAUGAGCCCCUGGCUCGGGAGAUUGGGCAACCACUCCUCACGCUAUCGAGCUUAAAUAAAAUUAAUUUAAUUUUAAUUUAAUUAAUCUAUUAACUACGUCUGGAAUUACGUACGUAUGUAAUGUGAAUGGGGUCUAACAAAAUGCUCGUUUAUACCUGACGACGCCCAGGACAUAAGGAUCCACGAAAGCCAAAGUGAUUUUAGGGUUUUUGGUAUUUUUACCACAUAUAGAUAUCUGUGAUCCUGGCUGGAGCUACUUUAAUGGAUUUUGCUAUGCAAACAGCAAGAAGUGCGCAAAUUGGACCGAAGCUUUGGCUAAUUGCCGGCAGGAAGACGCAAGUCUCGUCAACGUCAACAGUAAUGAAGAAAACGUAUAUAUACAACACCUUCACAAUGGGACAAAGUCCUGGCUGGGAUUAAAUGACAUUUCCAGAGAGGGAAUCUUUACUUGGGCAGGAAGCGGAGAAGGAAACUUCACCGCUUGGGCCAAAAACCAACCAAACAAUGUUGGUGAUGAAGAUUGUGCCCUUACACUUGGUGUUGGCCACAAAUACAAGUGGAAUGACGUGAAGUGCAGUGAUUGUCAUCAGUAUACUUGUACUUACACCGGACACGGUACAUAAAAUGCUGUUUUAAUAAUAAUAAUAAUAGUAAUACAAUAAUCAACAACUUUAUUAAUUAACAUCUUGUAAAAACCUAUACACAAAAGAAAAAAAACUGCAGUAGGGUAAUUAUAGUUCCUCGCCAUAUACAUAUAUGAAAUUCUCAAACUAAAAGCAUAGGAGUUAGUUGAAGAAUAUAUAUAUAUAUAUAUAUAUAUAGAUUUGCAGAGUUGGAUUAUUUGGUCGAAGACAUUUAUCGCUCUAGUUUACCUAUUGAGCACUUUAAUAGCUGAUGAAAUCUUCAAUUAUAUAUAUAUAUAUAUAGUAAUAUAAUGAAUUGAAGAUUUCAUCAAUUUAUAUAUAUAUAUAAAUUCGUCCUUAAACCAUGUGCAUGACAAAACCAUCCAUUAUGCCUAUCAGCCUCUAAAACUAAAAAGUUUUUUUAAAAUGUUUCUAAAACGAAAAACGAAAGAUUAAUUCGGGCAGGCUCAAACGUUUUCGAUCUGCAGAUCUGAGUCAACAAAGUCUAGCCGUCGUCCUCUGGAUCUUGAACCUCUCAAGCUUAGUACCGCAGAGCGUAAAAUGGCGAAAGACACUUUAGCUCUUAUCCAGGAAAUUGCGCUUGAGCAACUUUCUCCCUUCUUAUUUGCAAUCAGCUCCGCAAGUCUGCCGUGAUACUUAACACACUCUGCCAUUCUGCCUUUGGUCGUGAAAACUAGGGGAGUGAACAAUCCCUGUUCGAUCUUAAUUACUCUUUCCGCAUACUGCCUCUUCUUCUCGUUCUCAAGUUUCUUGUAGAUCUGCUUGGGAGUCAAGUCUCUGUAAGAGCCUGCGUUGGGUGACACACCCGAACAUCGAAAAAUGCAGAUCUCUAUCUCUCCCAAAAGCCUCGAGCAAGAAUAUCCAAAUGGGCAUCAGGGGCUUUGUUAGCGCCAUGAUUGGUUAAAAAUAUUCAAAGGUGAUCCGCUUCAAGAUAUGUAAUUCGGAUACCAUAUUUAUCGUAAUCAUAAUUAUAACAAAAUUCAAAGUUCUCAAAUCUGAUUGCCUAUCAACUGCCCUAAUUUCAGCGCUAAUAGGACAUUGUAAUAGGACAGUACGCGUUAUGCUUAAGUCAUUAGGGACCUUACUAUCUGACAACCGCGACACCAAUGAAAACGUCACUGAAAAAUAGACUUCGCAGCCAUUCAAACUUUUUCGCGACUAUCCCAAGUCACCCAGUCAUUUGAAAGAAGGAAAUUUAAGUUGGAGCUGAGGAGAAGGGACCGCGCCCGAGUUCAGACAAAGAUGGUAGCAUUUAUCGCCUUGCAUUUUCCGUUCACAAUUCAUCUUAGAAGUGGGCAUUCCAUGUCGCACUUUGGCUGGAACGACAAAGAAAUCUACAAAAAAGCGUGAUGCACGUGCAGAGUUGUUGUUUUGCUCAUUAAACCUAUUGCUUUUUUGACGUUCCUGUUGCCGUCGCCGUCGUAGUUCGUAAAGUCCCUAUUAGGGAGUGACGACUACGGCAGCGAAAACGUCACUUUUAAAACGAAUUAGAGUUUUUUCAAACUUUGUCGCCUUUCUUCAAGUCCGGUGAAAAUGUCUAAUGUAGGCAAAUUUCCCUGGAGUUGAUUUGUUGGGGACCGCACUCAAGUUUAGAAAGAGAAAGAAAAUUUCGUCGUCGCUUGUUUACGUCCUCCAUAAAACUUGAAAUUAGGCAUUUUUACGUCGUAGUCGUGCAGUAACGACAAAGAAAUGUGCAAGAAAGCGUGAUGCACGUGCAAACUUGUUGUUUUACUUAGUAAACCUAUUGCUGCUUUGACGUUCUCGUUGCCGUCGCCGUCGUCGUUGCUAAAAGGGACCUUACGAAACUACAAAGACGACAGCAACUGGAGCGUCAAAUAAGCAAUACGUUUAAUGAGCCAAACAACAACUCUGCACGUGGAUCACGCUUUAACUGGGCCCCUUGGAAUAAUUGGGAAAAAAAGUGAAAGGAUGAGAAGUAUAUUUUCCAGCGACGUAUUCAUGGAUGUCGCCGUUGUCGGAUCGUAAGGUCCCUUAAACUCCCUAUUGGACAGGACGCGCCCACACGCGCGCACUUAAAUGGCUUUUUUUUUUCACUGCUAGCAAAAAAAAUGUCGGAUUUCCUUGUGUUUUGAUUUCAAAAAAGAUCCUAAUAUAUCACAAAUUUUGUUAUGAUUAAUUGGUAACAGAAUUUCGUGUUGUCCAAUUCGGUUUGUAAUCGUACUCGUGAUUAAACAAAUCACUCUUUGUUAAUCACUCGUAUGAUUUCAGACCGAAUUGGACUCCACUAAGUCCUGUUACCAUUACACAUCAAUCUUUCUCUCAGGUUUAGAACAGUCUGCUAUUGUGGGAGAGAGCAGGAACUACUUGAGAAUUUUAACCAGUUGGUUAUCCCCCGUGGUGCAAAGCAGUAAUUCUUUCUGGAAACGCUGUUGGCGUGCAUCUGUCGACGGCUGAGCUGCAAGUACAUUUCACUACCAAUGUGAUAGCAAGGGCCCGACUGUGACAAUAAUAAGGGUCGGAAGAUAUAUUUUUGGAGGAUACACUAGUGUAUCAUGGGGUAAGUGAGCGAGUGACGCUAGUCGUCGAAGAACUAUUGAUCAUUAAUUGUUGGGAAGAUCAAGAAAAUUUCCUUUGAAGGAAGAUAAGAGGUACCGCAAAUGCUUGGAUUAGCGCCGAAGGGCGAAUAUUGAUUUUUUUUUUACUUGAGAUCGAAAGAGUCGCUUAUUUGAAGGGGGGCGCUUAUUUCGUUCUUCAGAAUUCCAGCCUCGAAACGACCUUGUCUUUGUUUCAUCUGAACAGAACCUGUAACGCUAAACAGGAAACCGUAAACAUGGCUUUCACUAGAAACUAAACAUUGUGCGUUUUUGGUACUCAUUUUUCGCUUUUAAUGUCCUGUAGUCACUAAGUUCUUUCGCAAUCCUUGUCAGAGGAGCCGUGUCUUCUACAAGCAACAGUGUAAUGUCCUCAAACUAGUCAUUCUCUAGUUUACUAUGUACAUCGUAUUUAUGCUAUAUUUCUUGAAGGUACAAGAAGUGCAUGCCUUAUAGGGGGUGUUAGCCCUUUGCCGAUACGAUGCAGAUUAUGUGUUUCCGAACCCCCCUUAGCUUCCGGUUUAAGUUAUCAAGUUGCUAUGCAACGAAUUCAGGAACGAUAGAUCUUAUCACCGAUACCUCAUUUUGGAAAUUCUAACCAGUCCUGCCAGAGCUACACACAAGAAACCUACUAACAUUUUGAGGAAAAAUACAUUGCCAAUUUCGCUAUUCACCGACUUCUCUUUGCAAAUUAAAUUUCUCCCUUUCCUGAAAAGUUAGCCAGCCACAAUUUACUGGGGAAAGAAAGACGAUAAAUUAGGUAACAAGGCAAGACUUGAAAUAGAAAGAAAGAUUGAAAUAUAUAUUUGCAAAAGUAUUUCCAAAUUUUGGCUUAAGUGCAUGCACCAAAAACAAAAAUGAAGCUUCACUGGCGGGAAAAUAUGCAAAUGGUCAAGGGGGCGCUAAUUCAAGCAUUAUCGGUAACUGAAGGAGGAAAAGCAUUCCGUUUUCUUGUUUGAAACUGUAUAAAGUUCAAAGGGUGCCCCAUAGCACUACACUAACGGUAACUGAUCGAACAAAGAGAGAAUCGAAUUAACUCUGAAGUAAAAAUUCAAGUGCGACAAUUAACCAUUAAACCCCAAUGAGCGUUAUUCCCAGUAAAGGGAAUUAGGGGACUAUACGAGGCAGGCAUGGAAAGAAAUCUUUUAAAAUCGGUGGGAUUUGAACUGGCACGACCUCUGGACUAGAUCUACCGUAGCUUAACCGACUAAGCUAUGAGGCCUGAGGAAGCACGUCGUCGGGGAUUAAAAGGUGGUGGAUCGCAGCGAGGAAAGAGUGUGAGGGGUACAUAGAACGUUGUCCCGCAUAGCACCAGAAAGAACAAAUGAUGGAAUAAAGACCCUCUUUCUUCGCCACAUUAACUGUCUACGAGCCUUUUUCUUGUAUAACUGCGUGCCUUAAAAAAGGUACAUUACACGGGUGGCUUCGCUGUGAGUACUAAGACAAUGUUGCUAUUAGCACUUAGUUCUUUUUCUUUUCUUUCUCAGCUUCUAGUUACUAUAGCCGGUAUCAAUACGACUCAAAAGCGUUUCUGUUUUCACUGGUGAACAAGCCAGGAUGGGCACCUGUCAAACUGCCCCUGAAUGGGAGAGAUUCAUAUAGCUACUCCAUAUACGUUUACGCAUUCAAUGGGCCUACAUUCGGAAGGGGAGGUGACAUUUACAUUUCCAGCUACGCGUCGUCCAAUAGCUAUUCUUACAGCAACCUUGGCGAUACUUACAGCCUAUACCUAAGGUACCGCUACGGCUACACCUUCGCACGAACAUUCCUGGCAGGAACUUACAAGUUCACACCAGACGAAGUAGAAACUUUUUACGAAACAACCUAAAAUGCAGUGUGCUGCAUCAGCUUUGACAUUUCGCUGGGCUUAUUUUCCUGUAUUGCGCAAAACUAAAAUUAAAAAUUCAUAACCAAUUAUAUCCUGUCCUUGCUAAAAAGGCUGUCUUUAACUACAAGGCAAUUGGUUGCUGCUACGAAAUAAAGCUGGAAAACUGAUAGUUAAAUAAAAGUACCCCAUGAUAUAUUAUGUAGAAUAAUAUGAUUAUUUGGUAUGUCACGGCUCUAGGGUUAAGUGUAAAAUCGCCAAAAUAUUGGCGAAUUGUAGCCCUUAUUUCACUGCCUUACAACAUAUCAAUAAUCUUGAAACUAAAAGGUCAUAUAAAAGGAAAGUUAAUCUAAAGAAUCUUAAAUUUUAAAAAAGAUCCAUCGAGCGGUUUAAAAAUUAUUCGCUAAUUUGUUAAAGUAGACCAAGAUGUUUACAAAACCGCUAACAAGAGCGCUUCGAUACAUACUAAUCAAACCCUUCUUUCUAGCAAUCGGCUGGAGCUAUCUCCCAUGAUCUUUCACACACGCUUUUAAAAAGAUUGAAACUACUAUGAGGUGAAAUUGCAUAUCGAAAGCGCCUCAUUUUCUACAGAUAACGGCCAAACAACAAUAUUGUCCAUUUUUUACUGUGUUUCUAGCAAUAAAAACUUUAUCCCAAAAUAUCUCGAUAACGCUCUUACAGAUUUCGCUUAAACUUCACGAACAUCGAGGCUGCUAUUGGAGGAAAAAGCUCCCGUGAAUGAUUUUCGAAGAACAGUUCCUAGUGCCGAGAUACACUGCUGCAAGUAAAAUAGCUAAUAGCGUCAUUUCGUUGCUAUGACAACUCCGAUGCCGUUGCAACCCUGAUCAUAACAAAUUUUCAUCUUUAUCUAAUACAACUGUGAUGAAAAUUUUUCCAAAACUUUGUUUAUGGCGACGUAGUUUAUGCUCAAACUUGGGAGGUAUUGACCCCGAAAAACUGUAUCGAGCCACCUUAAGACGUCACCGAUUAAGCGCUCUUAUAGUUAUGUUACUUUUGCCCUUAAGGGAAUAAAGGAAGAAUUUAAGAAAUAAAAACCAUUUUUUAAAAUCAUCUUUUGCAAGCCUAAGUUCAAACGUAACUCCUGAUACACUAUAGGCGUUUAUACUUUUAGCAAGGGAGUUCACUUCCCAAAUUUGAGAGCUCAUACAUAAUUUCAUAGCCACUUUUUUUUCUAUCAGGCGCUUUGGUACUGUCAAUAGGUUGGACGAAUCUGCGCUAGGAUUACCAUUAACGUAACAUGAAAACCAACGGUUAGAAGAGUUUCAAACACAAACAAGAGAGACAGGAUUGCCUAAAAAAGAAAGGUUUUCUGAGAUCUGACCACCUAUUGCACUGAUUAUGCACAGACUGACAAAAGGUUUUGCAUGUUUGAGACGAUGUGCUACUUAGCUAGGACACACUUGCUGCUUUUGUAAUGAAUUUCGGGACACAGCUUUUUUAAGUAAACCUUUUGGCAUGUUUGAGAUGUUGCGCUAAAUAGCUAUAACAGACUUGCUUUUAAUUUUGGUUUUAGUAAAAAGGGCAUUAUGAACAAACAAACAACAACAGCAACAACCAAAGGUGUGAGGUUACAUGAUAGCCACUAAGCAAUACCUUUAUAAUUGUUAUUAGUAACUGCACUUUCUCGAAAAAAAAAUCAAAUAAGUGUUAAAUGUAGUUUUGAGGCACUAAGAUCUGCUUUAUGUUGACUUGUAUGAUUUUGUAGACAUAUCGUAUAAGCAAAUUUAAUGUUCUUUUCAGUCUCUGCUUUCAUUGUAUUUCAGUAAAAAAGUAACAUUGGUGUACCAGGGUUCUCUAGUUUACAUUAUUGCCAUUAAAUUCACAAAAUCGCUUUUAUCGUAACGAUGUAAUGAACCUUCGAUCUAAUCACUCAGAAUAGACGCAAAUGCAUUAAGCGUAUUAUUAACAAUUAUUCCUCGAGCCCGAGUGGGCUCUGAGUCAAUAGCCCAUGAGGCCGAAGGCCGAAUAGGCUAUUGACUCAGAGGCCAUGAAGGCAAGAGGAAUAAUUGUUUUAGUAAAAUCCAACUAGUUGGUCAAAAAUAUCGAGAAUAAAAAAUUUUUAGCUAGUUAAAGCUAGACUUUAAUCCUUUUUUGCCGCCAAAACGCCCGCGCUUUUCGCUACUAGUGGGCUAUAACUAUAGCCUAGUAGUAGCUCAACCAAUCAGAACGCAGCAUUAAUAAUGGACCACUAGUUGGAUUUUACUAAUUUGAUAUAUUUAUGGAUCUAAUUCUUUCUACGUUUUAAAAACAUAGAAAGAAAACCAAGGCCUCGUUUCCGUUGUUUUCCCUUCUCUAUUUGAACAUGGAUAAAGCCCGGCUUGAGAAUUCAACUCCAGGAAAAGUCUCCUACAUUUGACGAAUCGAGCGAUUCCAAAUAGACGCAAUAAAGUUCUCUGAAGUUUGAAAGGGUGCAAAAUUCCUUUUUUUAGUGAUGUUUUCACUGCCGUCGUAGUCCUCGUUUCUUAAGGCCCCUAAUAAGUAGACAAGACGACAUUCCAAGCGUGCCCAUCCCCCGGGCAUUUGUCAUCUUGUCUGCCCGGGGGUGGGGCAUUUGUCAUCUUGUCGGCCCGGGCGUGGGGCAUAUGUCAAUUCUUGUUAAUAUCGUUCCUUUUUCAAUAUUUCAUUUAAGAAUAUUGAAGAUAUUUCUUUAAGGAAUGUUUUUUUACACAUGCUUUAAAUGUGCUUUUCGCUCCAUCACAACCCUACCCCACAGUAUUUUUUGCAUCAGUCUAAGAAAUUGCUUCCCGCCAUAUUAAUCGCCGGUUCACGGCGUAAAGGCCUAGAAAAACUCUGCGAGAUAUUUGAACUCUCAGAGCCAAUAUAAAUAGAGAUUUCAACUCUCCCGUUUUGGCCGGAAAUCUCCAGUUUUCGGCGAAUAUUUCCAGCCUCCCGUUUUCGCUUAAUAUUUUCUCGUUUUAUGAAACUCUUCCUAGCCAAAGAAAGGUAAUGCUUUCUUUGUUUAACCAAUCAUUUUUAGCACGUGGUUUCUCAGCCAUUUUUGGCUUUUGGUACCCAAGCAUGAGCCUGCGAUAACUUUGGGCUCGAUAAUGUCGAUAAUGCACUGAUGUGAUAGGAACCAAUAGGCCGGUUAAAAACUCCACUAUUUUCCAUUGACUGUGAUCUCAAAAUGCAGAAAAUAGCAUCUUAGAGUCACAUAUCUUAAAAUUCAGUUCCCGGGGUAGCAUUUCACUGGACCCACUAGUGGUUCGCACCUUGGCGCUCGUGGGCGCAGCUAUAUACCGCUUCACAAACCUCCUUUAAUUCAGUUGACAGGGUUGGAAUCUCUGUUAACUUUCUUGCAGUUUUGUGUGAUCAUGCGACGAUUAAUACGUGGACUGAAUGGCUCCAUCGUGACACGAAAUUACUCUGUUUAGCUCGUCCGUUGUUUUUAUAUCAUUGACUAUUUCAAAUACCUUUGAAAAUAAGAAAGGCAUUAUUAAAAUUCUAGUUUAUAAAUCUGUCAUUGAUAUUAUUCAGAUCGAUGUGAUCUUUUUUGCAUUAUAACCAGUGUUUAGAUUCAGAUUUUCACAGAUUCCCAUAAAUAUGGCAUUUGCAGCUUAUUUGCAGGAAAAUGAAAUUUUGGUAUUGUCCCGGGGUGGGCAUUUGCACACUGCGUGGGUGUUUUAAAGGAACCGCCCAGUCCCACUGUGGGGGAUCUGGUAGGCUGGUAAUUUCAUUAAAACGUAGAAAGAAAAUCAACCUCGUUUCCGGGCUUUUUCCCUCCGAAAUUGCGUGAGACUCGCUCCUCCCAAAUAUUGCGCGCGGAUGCUUGCUUGCUUAUUUCGAGCGAACUCGAACUCCAUUAACUAGCUUCAUCCAUUCCUUCCGGUUUUCCAUAAUGUUCUUCAGUUCAGCUAUGCUCAAACCAGUAUCAUUUUGCAGCUGGUCUACGUAUGUUAAUGCUGGUCUUCCUCUCUUUCUUGCGCCGUGCUUUGGUUCCCAGAGUAGUAAAUCACUUAUCACCUCAUCCUCUUUCCUCCGACAGUGUCCUAUAAACCGCAGCCUCCUGAUCAUCAGUGUAUCUGUAAUCUUAGGAAGGUUGCCGUACAGUUCUUUGUUGGUUUUAUGCUCCUUCCAGGAAACUCCAAGAACUGCUCUGAGCAUUCUUGUGUACGUACCAUCUAGUCUAUUCAUCAUCUUUCCAGUCAUCGUCCAGCAUUCAGCACCACAAAGCAGUACACUUUCAACUGUGGCCCGAAAGAAACCUAUUUUGAGAUGAUUUUUUAGGUUUGAUUUCCACACUUUCAUCAUUUUGUUGAGUGCACUCCAAGCUUGUCCAAUUCUUAUAUUCAUGUCCUUUUCACUGGAUUGUAUCCACGAACCAAGGUAUUUGAAGUUAUCUACUUGCUUCAAUUUGUUCCCUGCCAGUGUGACAAGAUCACCUACAGGUUGAUUGUACAGCAUGUAUUCCGUUUUCUUGUAGUUAACAUGCAGACCCACUGUUUUCGCAGCAACCUCCAGUCUUAAUAAGAGAAGUUGUGCCUCUUCAAGAUAGUCAGAACUUAGGGCAAGAUCAUCCGCGAAAUCAGUGUCGGUGAUGUAUGUUGCUACAUGACGGGAGCUCUGCCGUGGUGUGAGAGUGAACCCAGUGUGUGUUUCUCUAGUAGCUUCUCUAAGGGCAUAAUCCAAGGCUAUGAUAAAUAGGAAAGGUGCGAGUGUGUCUCCUUGCAGAACUCCCGCAAGAAUUUCAAAGAAUUCCGUAUCACCAUCAGGAGUUAUCACCUGUGCUUCGGUGUCCUUGUAGAGUAUGCUGAUGGCAUCCACUAUCUUUGUUGGAAUUCCAUAUGCCUUCAAAAUGUCCAUCAAUUUCCCACGAUGUAUCGAAUCAAAGGCUUUACUGAAGUCUACGAAAGUCAAUAUUGCAGGAAGCUGUUUUUCUUUUAUUCCCUCUAUGAGCCUAAGCCGAGUUAAAAUUUGCGGUAGUGUAGAUCUACCCGUACGAAAUCCGCGCGGAUAAAGCACUGGUAAUGAGGUUGGCAGAAAAUUUCGUAAUGACGGACGACUAACGAUGAGAGCAUUAUCAGCAGUCAUAGUCGGAGUAGGAGACUUUAAGUGCAGGGUCCACGCCGUUCCAUCGAAAUAGCCAAACGUGCUAAUUUUAGAACAAACUGCACCACCCUCAACGUCACAAACUCGCGCGGGAACCCUGCAAAUUUGCGCGGCUCUCGUGUGGAAUUUCGGGAGAUGGGUAAUCUUCUUCCUAUUUUGCCUUUUUUUCUUGUGAUUGUUCUCUUAAUUUUCCAAGUGCUUAAUAUCUCCAUAUACAGUGCAUGCACAGUGGAAGAAUAACCAAGAGCCACCUAAUGUUAUAUAAAAACUACUAGAAAUGCAUUUAUCGCAAAAACCUCGCGAAUCUGUAAUGGGCCAGCAGUAAGAAUAAAGGCAAACAAGCCAAAUGGGGAAACUAUGACUUAAAAAAAACAAAAACAAAAACAAAACAAGAGUCGAACCUGGACCAUCUGCACCAGGCUGCCAAGGUUAACGUUAAGUGGGAAAAUUAUUUUAUUUAAUGUAUUUUCCUCUGAAAUUCUGCCGGUAGACGCUUUUUGAAGCUGGUGAAGCAUUGAGAAACAUAUAUUUGAGGAAAAUGAGACACAAUUAUUUGCUGUUGAUGUUAACGUUCCGCCCUCCUUUUCCCCCAAGUUUUUUUCUUUUUUCCUCCGAACGGGAUAUUCAUCAACAUCUCUUCGUAACUGGAUUUGUCAAAAUUAAGGAAGGUGCCCACUAAUGGGAAGUAUUAAUUCCCAGAUAAUGACUAUGUGGGACAAGUAGAUCAUAUCAGCGGCUAUUGAAAUCCAAAAAGAAAACUGGGGGUAACCACACAUUUUUCAGAGAUAACUGCGCUUCAAUAUGGCGAAAAACGCUGAAUAAGCAUUUUUUAGAAAAAUGAUAAAAAGUUAUUUUUUUCCGCAAAUUUCAGAGUGUACACGUAAACUGGCACAAAUGCAAUGAUAAUUGCAACAAGGUUUUAAAAUGAGCAAUAAAUGAUAACAUAACAACUGCUCUUUAUACGUCUUUUUUUGAAAUAUCAGCACAACUGGGAAGUUAUUAGCAGUUACCCCUCUCCACGCGUUUGCCUUAAAAAUAAUGUAAACGACAUUUUCCGUGAACCAAAAAUUGAUCGUUUGCUGAGUAGGCUUAUUACUUUCAUAUGUAAGAUAAAAAGCAGGGGUUACCACGCGUUUUUAGAAGUUAAAUUGGUUGGUUUCGACCUUAACUUAACCGCUUUGGGGGUCAUUUACAAUUUUUCCCAUCCCCUCCCUGGUCAGUUUCACUAUUGUUUCACUCAACGCGGAGUACUCUGGGAUAUCCACAAUGGCUGACAGUCAGAGAACAACAACACAAGGAAGAAAACAAAAACGGAAAGUGAAGCAAAACAUUUCAUGGACUAUAAGGAAAACAAAUUGUACCAUUUCAUUCAACUGGAGCUUCUCCGUCUCAAAAAUUUAACAAAAAUUUUUGAAGAGCAAUCUCCAAGGUAUUAAAGAUUACUUCCAGCGCACAUAGAGUAGUAUGACGAGCUCAAGAUCCAAGGCUGGCGCUGUAAACAAACUACUGUACUGUAGUGGAAAAUAGUCGACAGGGACUCUUAGACUGACAGGUACUCUUUCAAUCGUUUGCUUACCUGUACACGUCCUCAAGAUUUUUUUAACUGUAGCUGUAACAUCAUUUAUCAUUUUACCGGGUACCUCGAUCGAAUAUGUUAUUAAAAUUGCAUGCAUUCAAUGAGCUUAUAUCUGUGCUUUGCGCUUUCUCUUCCGGGCUUUGCCACAAGUUUCAUAUGACAUAAAUGAUUUGCAUAUAUAGACUCAAGUUCCAUACAUGAUCAUGAGCUCUCAUUUAAAAAAGCUGAAUACUGCGAAAGUAGUUGUACCGAAUGCGUUUAUCAGUACCCUCAUAUAUAGACUGGGCUAUAAUGAUCAUUUUAUACAUUUCGUUUUGAUUUUUUUUUACUGUAACAUUCUUUGUCAUGUUCAUUCACUAUUUUCCGUUCCUAAAUGUUAAUUUUAGACUUAACAUUGUCUGUUAAACCUAAGAAAGUCUUAGAAUGGAAAUACUUUAUUUACCUUCCAUCUUUAGUUUGUAAACAGCCAAAUGGCAGCUAUGUCUAAAUGUCCAGAUUAUGUGUGGCGUGAAAUUGAACCUUAAGAAAUACUAUCUACACGACAAGCUGCCCAAUGAGUCAAUAAUUUUAAUGGUUAGUACUGCCAAAAAAUAAUGACAAUGAUAAUAGUAAACUGAAGCAUAACAAUUUUUUUCCACGAUGAAAGCGUUUCCUUUGUGGUCCGCAACUAUUAAUUUUGUGAAGCUGCGAUCUCAAUAAUCCAAGCAAUCUUGUGAUAGUUUUUUUCUUGUUUGUUCGACAAAUAAAAGCCUCGGACUCUCAAUAAAAGGGACAUCUGUAUAUACUCUAACGCUCUUAGUCUAUCUUCUGGUGAAUAAUUACAUAAAAUCUUACAAAAUUAAAGAAAUAUUCGGGAAAGUGUUUAUAGCCGAUUAGCCGAUAAAAAGUUAAGCUUGCAGUUUCUCGAGUAAGCGGAGGACUUAGAGCUAUUUUCCUUCUGAUUUACUGAUCCUUGCCUUUUAAGGGAUUGUUUAAUACUCAAGUUCCAAGCGUAACAUCUCGAAGCAAUAACUUUUGAUGUUUUAGAAUUGACUUUUGUUUGACUAUAAAAUGUUUGGUCAGAUCGACCAUACGGUAAAAAUAGCAACAUGCGCAUACUUCUUCGGUUUUCAAAGAACUGACAAGGUAAAUAGAAAUUGUUUUUCAUCUGUUGAAAAACGACGCAUCUUUUCCACGAGAAAUAACUAGAACUUCCCCGACUUAGAGAAGACAAAACCAGUCCGCGUGUCCUUCGUGUUGCGCAUUUCUUUCGUGUCGCGCGCGACUACCUUGGCAUGCGCAGAAAAUGUGCGCAGUAACAAUAGUGGGCGCGGUCCUUAAAACACUCUCACUUCGGUGAUUAACAUGAUCAGAAUUACAUUCAUAGUCCUUAUUUUCAGAGUUAUUGUCAAAGAGGUUAUCCUAAAGGGCUUUCCUCAAAUUCAGAAGAGGGAAUGAUGACAGAAAUUGAAUUUAUUCAUUUGCUACGGAGGUAAUUUCUGACGCCAAUUUGUUUGUUUCUCCUUUGCGCGGAACCCUCGCAAAAAAUGUGCGUGCGUGUCACACGAAAUGACGCAAUUUGUGCUUAAGAAAUAGCAUAUUUGUCUAUUUCGAUGGAACCAACCCCAUUACUGGGGAAGGUAUUCAGUUUCGGUCUUCUACCCCGAUUAUGGCUCUUGGCAUUAUAUCGGUUUAUCACGAAAGCAAAGAACUUUUCGAACUUGUCAAAACGCAAGUGAUGUUGAUUAAUUCUCAGUUUUACUCGGCCCCAUGCGAUAUAGCACGAAUACCAAUCAAAGUUUAAAACUAACUCGGCCUUAUGGGAUAACGUUCGUACUAAUCAUAGUUAAAUUUUGCUCAGGCUAAUGCAAUUUAACUGUUAGUAAUCAUUACGUUUCACUGUCUUCUACAAGAAUAGAUCAGAUUGCCUGCUGUUAGCCUGCUUAGCCGGCGGGAUCAUUUGCGCGAGCAAAGUUUUAGAAGAGGAAGUUGCGACGCCACAGCUAUUUAUACAAAAUUUACAAGGGGUCUGGAAAAGUGAUUAAGAAUUCAAAAUUCGUAACAGUACGUUUACAUAAGGCAACAGCUAACAAAGUGUCAGCUUUUCAUUGCUGAUUAUUGAUACAAGAUAAAAGAAACAUAGUCACCAGUGAAAAGCUGAUACUUCGACGUGACAAGUAGACAAGAUGACGUAAGAAGAAAGGACGAGACGACAUCCAGGUAGAGGAGGCAACAUAAAAAGUACAAGAGAUGACAUGCACAAGAAGCAGGCAAAAUGAUAUGACCCCGGGGGAGGGGGUGGGGUACUCCCUUGUAUAAGGCAUAGAUGUAUGUGUCGCCCUAAGGGUAGGGCUUCUCGCCCAAAUAUGCCUGGUGGUUUUGUUUCGUUUGCUCCUGUCCCAAGGCGCUCAAAAUUAACUUCCUAUUAUCCAGAAACACCUCCCCAACCGGUUGAUAUGGCUUGUAAAUCACCGAGCGAUAAUCGCAUUUGCUCAUUUGAUGUCUACGUCGUUCAUAAUUCUCCCCGUCGCAACUUCUUUCCUCGUUGGAACUUCGCAAGUGUGAAAUUUGGCAUUUCUAGCAGUGAUUUGUAGCUCUUGAUGUGAAGGAAUGGGCAGUGGUACCGGCUGAAUGUGAAGGUGGAUUCUCAGUAUCUGGCAUGAUCUCAAAAAAUCUCUUUGCUCCCUAGCGAUCCACACAUAUGCCUCGACGGGCAUUCAAUUGAAAGAGUCAAUAAUUACAAAUGCCUAGGCGUUCAGGUUGACGAAACACUCUCGUGGGAGGCUCACAUCUCCGAAGUCAUCGGUAAAGUUGCAAAAGUACUAGCUUUAUGCCCUGAGGAGACUAAGACCAAUAUGUCCUCAGAGUACCCUUGUCACUAUUUACAAGUCAUUGAUUCUUCCGCAACUCGAUUAUUGCAGCGCUGUCUGGGGCUGUAUCGUUAAUGGACUCAGCCAAAAACUAGAGAAGCUUCAAAACAGGGCUGCACGCAUAAUUACAGGGUCUAGCUGGGAUGCCAGCUCUGCCCCGAUUCUUCAUGCCUUUAAAUGGGAUAGCCUCGCUGACAGACGUGCUAAGCAACUGAAAUCUUUAAUGUUUAAAACUGUAAAUAACCUUGUACCCGAAUACCUGUCUGAUAAAUUCGCCAGCAUUAAUACCAUUCAUAGGCAUAAUCUUCGAGGUGCGCAACAUAACCUGUUUAUUCCGCGACCGAACAGUGAGGCCCUAAGGAAAAGUUUUCGUUAUAGGGGCGCAGUAACAUGGAACAGCCUGUCAGCUGAGGCUAAGCAGGCGACUACUUUAAAUUGUUUUUAUUCCGCUAUUGUACAUUAAGAUUUUCUUAGUAAGCAUUUAUUAUAGGACUUUUUCAAUAAUGUUUGUUAUUUUUAAGUCUUAGUUUAAUGUGCACGGCUCUUUAGAAGACCACUUUUUAGUGAUAAGGAUUCCGUGAUUAAAUAAAGUUAUUACUUACUUACUUACUAGCGGAUGACUCUCAUCGUCGAAAUCAAGAUGUUAUGAAACGCACUGGAAUUGUGCUGUAAUGUUAGCUGCCAUGUUGCCUAGUAUAUCACACGUCUAUCAACUUUUGACAUGGACAAGUUGGGGAAAAUCCGUCAAAACACUGGAAUAAAAGUGAUUUGUUGAAAACUAACGCAGAUAUAACAUCUCAAAGUCGAGAAAUUGUACAGACGUCUGUAUGGUGGGGGCAGAUCUGGCUCGGAUUAUCGAGAUUUUCGAAGUCUCAUAAGUCAAUAUGGGGAGUCCGAAGUGUGGUUUUCUGCGGUGAAAAAAAGAUUGAAAUUUUUCUCACGUUUACCUUAGGCCCAGCUCAAACGUCGAGCUUAUCAUGUACCGAUUUUUUCAAAUUGCUGUUUGGUUCGACUCAAAUAUGAGUUCAACGGUUGAUUCAGACGUCGAACUUAAGUAGUCGAACUUGAUUCAUUUUCACGAGUUGCAAUGGUCUACAAGGUUUACCAGUUAAAGUAAGUUAUAGGUAGUAAUUUAUGCAUUAGGUUCGGCGCAUGAAAAGUUCGACCUUUAAAACGAAGUCACUCCUCAGUGGAAAUUCCCAUUUUUGUGCCACCUUAACUCAUGGAUCGACCCAAAUUAGAUAUGCCGGACUAAUUGAUUCAAAGGUCGA